CCGGUGACAGCGCGCGUGGCUUGCAGGAAGACCACGGCAGCAGCAGCCUCCGCUCUCUCGCGUCUCAGCCCCUCUCCGGCGAUUCGAAGCCACUCCCGAUGCCGGCGAUCGCCUGCGGCGCCUGCGCGGCUGCCUUCCCCUCCUCCUCCGCCCACGCCCGCAGCCCCCCACCGCCUUCUGGGGGCUUCCGGAGGCUCGUCUCGCCCACCCCCGGGCGGCUAGGGCACCGGCUCGCCGCUCCCAUGGCCUCCACCGUCGACUCGCCCGGCAGCUCCUCCGACUUCGCCAAGCGCAUGGACCGCGCCUGGCUCAUCUCCAAGCAACCAAGACCAACUUCUUGUUCGUCUUGUCAAUCCACUGGUGAUGUGGAGUGCAGGUGGUGUGCAGGCACAGGAUUCUUUAUCCUUGGCAACAAUAUGUUGUGUGAAGUACCCUCCAAAAAUACAAGAUGCGUGAUUUGCUCUGGAAAGGGCUUUUCACGUUGCACUGAUUGCAAAGGAACUGGGUUUCGCGCCAAGUGGCUUGAAGAGCCCCCUGUUGACAAAUGAACAGCCGGAGUCAACCACAAUAUAAACUUUACUAUUUUACAGUAAACCUGGCAACUGUAUGUACCUCUGUCCAAAUUCCUCUCUUUGUAAACGAUGGCACAGUAAUCAUUUUGUGAUUGCGUUGAUUCCAUCGAUGAGGCAAAAUAGUGUCAGUUUUUCAAUAUAUCUUUUGUGUAAGAAUGUGAA